AUGGGAGGCUGCCCAUUGAGGAGCACGGUGGAGCUGCCCAUGGAGGAGCACAGUGGAGCAGAUGUGGACCUGCAGCCUGUGGAGGACCCUGCGCCAGGCAAGCCCGCCGCGCUGCUCGGGCCCCUCGCCCUGCUCGCCGCCCUCUCCCUGGCUGUGGAGCACGUACCGAUGCUGCUGUGGUCAACUCAGAGAUCACAGUGGAAUCCAGACCCUGCUUUGCAUGAAGGACACGUUGUUUUGGCACAAGAACUGACUGUGCUCUUAAAACCUUUUUUUGCCCAGAAUUCCAGAAACCUCGUCUUGUUCCUGCAAGAUACACUUAGCGUAGAUGAUUUCACAUACAUCAGUGAAUCCUACGAUAACAAGAAUCCAUUUCAAAAUAUUCAGGAAAUUCUUCAGUCUUCUCCUUCAUCAUUAGUUUUACCAGCUGUUGACUGCACGGCUACCAAGUAUCUUCUGAGAUCACUUCAGGAAUCAGGAGAUUGGAAGUUAACAAAUAUAACUAAUCUCGAUGUGUCUCAGCUGCAAGUGAAUACAACUAAACCAAACCUACUGGUGGUUCAUCUGCAACCACUUGUCAGUGGUUUAAAUGAGAUUUCCACCCUGGAAGCAAUUGCUGAAAAUGACAAAAUAAUUGGAAGACUGACCAUGGAUCUGCAGGAACGAGGGAUUCAUUUUUCAGCAAUUUAUACUGCAGUGAGGCCUUCAAGGAUUUCUAGAAGAACUGAUGUGGUGUGGGCAUUAGGACGACAAUUAAUGGCCACUGAGGAAGAAGACAGUUUAUCAUAUCCUCCUCUUAAUGUGACCACUGGAAAUGAUACAUGCAUCCUUUAUUAUGCUGGAAAUUUCAGCCUCAGAGCCAACAAUUCAGUUCUUAUAGAUUUGACAAAUAUGACAUUUGUAACCCGGAAUGUGGAUAUUUCUUCCUCUGAGUGCUCAGACACCAACACAACACUGUCAUUAAAAUACACAAGGCCAGUGAAUGGAAUCAGCAGCCUAGAGAUAAGGUUUUUAAUGACCAACAAGUUCUAUGGAGGCUCAGCUCGAAAUUGGUCCACUUUAGAUUCAGUUGAGAUUGUGCAAGAUGGAGAAAAGUUUGCUAAAUUUAGUGUUUCUGUCAUCUCUGCUCCUGCAGAGUAUUCAUUUCAUUGUCAGCUGGUGGGAACAAGCAAUCUCUAUUCUGCAAGGCUGAUUCCAUCCAACGAUGAGGCAAAAAACUGGGAUGUUUUCAUUUCCAAGUUUCAAAUUCAAGGUUUCAACAUUGAAAACAACCAAUUUUCCUAUGCAAGUGACUGUACAGGUUUCUUCACUCCUGGAAUCUGGAUGGGCUUAGUGACAUCCAUACUUCUGCUGUGGAUCCUGACCUAUGGAAUCCAUAUGAUCAUGCAGCUCACAACAAACAAUAGAUUUGAUGAUCCCAAAGGUCCAGCCCUGUCCGUUCCUCAGACAGAGUAGCCAUGGAUUAACUUCAUGCUGCUAUGGCUUUUCCUGGUCUGAUAUUUAUGAUUUUUAUAACCUUUCUACUUCAUAAUAUGUGUAAACUAAAAAGAUACCAUAGCAGAAAGGGAUAAUUUAACUAUUUAUAAAAAGGAUCCUUAUGUUUGGCAACAAUAAUAAUCCUACUUGCUAUUACCAUCAU